AUGCCGCCACACAAGAAGGCAAGGGAACAAGCGACCAGACAGGUUAAUGUCGCAAAGCAGGUACUCGAUCCGGAAGUCCUCACGAAACGCACGAAGAGGCACCUUGAGGAACUCGAGCGUACAAAUUACAGUGCUUCAGUCACCCUCAACGAUCCUGAUUCCGAACCAGAGUCUUCUACAAACUCGAAGUCGAAAUUCCGUGCCCGUCAGAUGGUCAUAUCAGACAAACGCACGUUUGGCAACUCCAAACCUAAGAAGAAGUCCAGUAUGAAUGUCAGGACUGCCGUAUUGUACAGGAAGGGAUUGGCCGCGCUGGUCGAUGAAAGUGGAAUUUCCACCCUUCCCUCUACAGUACCAUCAUACCUUACAGCUACCGCUCCACCUUCGCCCUAUCCAGUGCGCCUUCUGUGCUCCGUAUGCGGCUAUAAAGGUGCAUACAAGUGCAAAAAAUGUGCCAUGCCGUAUUGUGACAUGAACUGUGGUCAAGUACACGACGAAACGCGCUGCGAACGAAGGGUUAUAUAG